AUGUUAGCACGUGCUGUCGGGGAGAAGAAAUACUUGAAAAUAUGCCCAUUUAAAUGCUGUGUAACUGGUUGUCGGGGAAAUUAUAAAGGUACUGAAAAGGUGCAUACAUUUUCCUUUCCCAAAAAUGAUGCUCUUAGAGAGAGGUGGCUAAGAAAUAUACCUAGGAAGGACUUCUCAGCAACUCCAUAUUCUCGGGUGUGCCAUAAACAUUUUCAACCUGAUGACCUCAUCUGGGAAACAUCAGCUUUCGAUGAAAAAAAUGGGAAAAUCAUUAAAGCUUCACUGCAGAGACCAAAACUAAAAGAAGGCGCUUUUCCUAGCAUAUUUGAUGGCUGUCCAUCGUAUUUAUCUUCACAAGCUGGUAGUUCGAGAAAAAGUCCGAAUGAGAAAAAAAUGGAACGAGAAGCAAACCUCAUGAUGAAAGCUAUUGCUCAUAGUAAAUUAUCAGCUGCUGAGUAG